CUUCCUCCACCUGCUUCCCCUUCCCCUGAGACUUUUGCAGUCUUGUGGCACAGCUGCUGCUCGCCAUGCAACUGCUCCUGCACUGGAUGGGGCCAUUGCUGGCACUGCUGGUGCUGCAGCCAGCGGGGAGCCUGGCAGAGGUGCAGUGCCCGGUCCCAACGAUCCCUCAUGGGCGGCUGAAUCCUGCAGAGAACCUCAGUGCUGGGAGCACAGCCAUGCUUGAAUGUGAGGCUGGCUACGUCCCCGUGGGCAGCAGCAGCGUGAGGUGUCUAAGCAGUGGCAGAUUGCAGCCACGGAUGCCAGCAUGCACCCGAGGUCGUUGUCCUUCCCCUCCUGCUGUUGACUACGCCGACCGCAGACAGCCAUACGAGCUCCUGGUGGGUUCCACCAUCACCUACUUCUGCAGACACGGGUUCGUGUUGAUCCCCGGCGUAUCUCCAACAACAACGUGUCUCAAAAAUUUCACCUGGUCAGCGAUCCCAGCUCUUUGCCAGGUGGUGCUGUGCUGCAAGGGCUUUGCUUAGCAAUGUUUGAGCUCU